CUGGUUUGCGGGCCCCCUGGGUGUGAUCUUCGCCCAAGGCGUCUCACCACCCACACAUCCGACGUGAUCCGGUUUCGCGGCGUCGACAACACAACGCCUGGCCGCGUCAAGAAAGACCUCAGGAUGCGCCCCAAAAAAAAUUGGAAUGCGUGUCUCUCUGUUCUCCGUUUCACUCCUUUGAGAUUACGUCCUUCUUUAUUUUUCCUCUUUCGCAUUCUUUUGGUGUUGAGACCGCGGCAUCAUUCAAGACCACGACCAUUACGAUUUACGAACCGAGCGCUCUGUGAGCCGCCACCCGAAUUCCUUUCGUUCCACUCAUUUUCGGGGGCUAUUUUACAACAUUGGACCGCGACACGAAUAUUGACCCGAAUUUCUUUACUCCAACUCCGAAAAUGUCCGGAUUCAAGACCUUGGUGCCGCCAAGCUUUGGCGAUCCCGUCAACGACGUGGCACCGCCAGCAGCAACGAGCUUCAAUGCAUUUCCGACGACCACUGAAUCCUCGGAUUCAUUACCAUCUUUGGACAGCCUCUACAAUAAUAUUCUAAAUCAACAACUCUCGCGCAUCCUAUCUGCGCCUCCGGGAACGACAUUAUUCACCGCCAUCACUCCCCGCCAGUCGGCCCAGGCUGAAACCUCCACUGUAACGACCGACGUCCCCAAAAGCACCACAACCGAUAGCACUUCAGAGGAGAGCAUCUUUUCUGCUCCUACCCUGAGCAGGCUCACUGAUAUUGGCAUCGCGUUUGGAAUUUUCGUUGCUGUCACUGUUAUCAUUGUUGGCAUAGUCCUGUGCAUACGACAUAAAAAGUCAAGCAAAUCCAAGAAGUCUCGAAGUAGAGAUGAGCCGAAACCACUAGAUUACAGCGAUUGGCGCCAGGUGAAUCUUUCCGAACCCUCGAUGGCACACAUUCCGAAGGAUAUCGGUGUGCCUCCUCCUCCAGUGGCGGCUCGAACUCCUCCCGAACAUACCCAGUGGAUGCCACCGCCAGCGUAUCCUGCACAACAAAAUCAAAAUUCGAGGUCGUACCCGAGAGGGGGGUACCGUUGAUGGUGCGAGAUACCCGGGAAUGGAUUGAAUGGCGCUAGGGAUUAAACUAGAAGACCAAGGAUCAUGGAUGGCACUGGCAAAUCGUGCCUCUUUUAUCAUGGAGCAAUGACUUGAAUUUUGGAAUACAACGAUGAAGAGCUGGAUUUUCUCAUCUAUUUGGGUAGCGUCGGCGUUGGCGGUUCAGGUUUCAGAGGAUUAGCGGUGAAUUAGAAGAAAGCGAGCACCAACAGUUCGCACAACUCUACUAUGAAC